AUAGUCAAUAACACAGUGAAGAUGGUGACUACAGUGGGAGUGUUCUGCUUGGUGUUCGCCUUUAACAUAAUCAUGUUAGGGGUGACAGUCCGACGUGUGGUGAGCUUCCGCCAGCGCAAAGAGUUUGGGCAGAGUGACAGUGACAGAGCCAAGCGGGACAUCUGUACCCUGCUGGGAGUCACCAUUCUGCUUGGCAUUACCUGGGGCCUGGUCUUCUUCUCAUUUGGCUACCUGACCAUUCCUGGCCUCUACGUCUUCUGCAUCCUGAACUCACUGCAAGGUUUCUUCAUCUUCCUGUGGUUUUUGAUGUCUUUGAGAAAGACUGGAAACUCUGUUAAGAUGAGUAGAGAAACACCUAGCACCAUCAGCUAAGUC